GUUGGCGACUGCGAUCUCCGAUAGACUCCAUCUUCAGCACGCGACGAGCCAAAUCACCCGGACUCGGAGCCAGACAUUUCCUUUUCUGACUGGCAGAACGUGUGCCCAUUGACGCGUCCGAACCCCGACAUCUAUUGUGCAAUCACCACCUGAGUAGCUGGCAUUGAUCCGAGGUCAACAUGAGUUUCAACCCCGUCAACCCUCGGCCUUUCCUCCAGGCUAGAGUCGGUACCGAGCUCGUUAUCCGUCUCAAAUGGGGCCAGACAGAAUACAAGGGCAAGCUUGAGAGCAUCGAUUCGUACAUGAACGUGCUGCUGCGGGAUACGGAAGAGUUCAUUGACGGGAAGAACACGGGAACACUCGGUCUGGUGCUGAUCAGGUGUAACAAUAUCCUCUGGAUGGGCUCCGCGGACAGCGUUGAAAUGACGGACCUGGGACUACGAUAGACGAAGUCGUGACGCUAUACCAGGCAAUUGAAGACACAUAUACCAUUACUUUCCCGAUAAGAAUCACGCACAUUGGAAAGUGCUCAGGGAGGUUUAUCAACGGAUUUCGUGUACGGGUCAUAGCAAGCUCCGUCUAUUUUUCUUAUUUCUGGAACAAGGCGUUUACAUGAUGGCUUUCGAGGGUUGAUUCGGGGAAUGCAGUUUGAAUCGGGCGGAGCUUGCUGGAAAUCUGACAGUCAAGGAUAUAAGAGAAUACCUCUGGUUCUGGUUCUACUCCUGGCACUGGAUAUGCGCAUGUCGCGCUCGUGGCAGCAUGUGGCGUGUCGAGUGCCUCUUAAUGUUCCUGUCAAGUACCUAGCCAACUAGACAAAUAAGAUAAAUACAGAAGGCACGAG